GAAGCGCUUGUGCGGAGUGUCCGCCAUUAUCGGGGGGAGGGGGGGGAGUUCUUGUGAGUAUCUCGAGAGGGGAAAGAGCCGCGAGUGGAUAGUUAACCGGCGACAUAAUUUGGCCGGCGUUUCGCUUCUUCUUCGCUACUGAUUUCGACAGCAGCCAGAAAUGUCGAGGAGACGGCACAGCGAUGAUAAUGACGGGCAACCUCACAAACGGAGAAGGACAUCUGAGCCAAUUGAAAUUGAAGAUCGGUUGGAAUCUUUGAUAUGUCGCGUAGGAGAAAAGAGCACAUCCUCAUUGGAGAGCAACCUGGAAGGUCUAGCAGGAGUUUUAGAAGCUGACUUGCCGAACUAUAAAAGUAAAAUCCUGAGAAUACUUUGUGCAGUAGCACGACAACUUCCUGAAAAAUUAACUGUCUACACAACAUUGGUGGGGCUGUUAAAUGCAAGGAACUACAACUUUGGUGGAGAAUUUGUUGAAGCAAUGGUUAGACAACUCAAGGAAACUUUGAAAAGUAAUUUGUACACUGAGGCAGUUUUUACUGUUCGCUUCCUGUCCGAUCUUGUGAACUGCCAUGUGAUUGCAGCUCCUUCAAUGGUGGCAAUGUUUGAAAACUUUAUCAGCGUAACACAGGAAGAAGAUGUGCCACAGGUACGCUGUGACUGGUAUGUGUACGCAGUACUCUCUUCUCUGCCCUGGGUUGGAAAGGAGCUGUAUGAAAAAAAGGAUGUAGAGAUGGAUCGAAUUCUAUUACAGAUCGAAAGUUUUCUGAAGAGACGCCAAAAACAUCAUGUACCAAUGCUGCAAUGCUGGACUGCUGAACAACCUCAUGCACAGGAAGAGUACUUGGACUGCCUUUGGGCACAGAUUCAGAAGAUGAAAAAGGAUCGUUGGCAGGAGAAACACAUCUUGAGACCAUACUUGGCUUUUGAUAGUGUACUCUGUGAGGCCUUGCAACAUAACUUACCACCUUUCACCCCACCACCUCACACAAAAGACUCAGUCUACCCUGUGCCACGAGUCGUUUUCAGGAUGUUUGACUAUACAGAUGCCCCUGAGGGUCCAGUAAUGCCUGGUAGCCACUCUGUUGAGAGAUUUGUAAUUGAGGAGAAUCUGCACUGCAUCAUCAAAUCUCAUUGGAGGGAAAGAAAGACAUGUGCUGCACAGCUGCUUAGCUAUCCUGGAAAAAACAAGAUUCCUCUGAAUUACCAUAUAGUGGAGGUUGUCUUCGGAGACCUUUUCCAGUUGCCCUUACCCCCUCACAUUGAGGUCAUGUAUACAACGCUAUUGAUCGAACUCUGCAAGCUGCAGCCUGGCUCUUUACCACAAGUGCUUGCACAAGCCACGGAGAUGUUAUAUAUGCGAAUCGAUACUAUGAAUACAAUUUGCAUAGACAGAUUUAUCAACUGGUUUUCUCAUCAUUUGAGUAACUUUCAAUUCAGAUGGAGCUGGGAUGAUUGGUCUGAUUGUUUGGCUCUGGACCCUGACCAAGCCAAACCAAAGUUUUUGCGGGAAGUGUUGGAGAAAUGUAUGAGGCUUUCCUAUUAUCAGAGAAUAGUGGAUAUUGUACCUGAGAACUUUGCAGCCCUGUUACCAGCAAAUCCACUGUGUAUUUACAAAUACGGUGAUGAGAGCAAUAGUUCUCUACCUGGCUAUGCUGUGGCUGUCAGUGUAUGCAGUGCUAUUAAAAGCAAAGCAAGUAAUGAUGAAAUCCUGAGCAUAUUAAAAGACCUCCCAAAUCCUAACCAAGAGGAUGAUGAUGAUGAUGAAGGGUUCAGCUUUAAUCCCCUGAAGAUUGAAGUUUUUGUCCAGACUUUACUUCACCUAGCUGCCAAGUCCUUCAGCCAUUCCUUCAGUGCUUUGGCAAAGUUUCAUGAGAUUUUUAAGACUUUGGCUGAAGGUGAUGAGGGCAAGCUCCAUGUACUAAGAGUUAUGUAUGAUGUUUGGAAGUGUCAUCCUCAGAUGAUGGCCAUGUUGGUUGACAAAAUGAUCAGAACACAGAUUGUAGAUUGUGCAGCUGUAGCAAACUGGAUCUUCUCUUCAGAAAUGGCACAUGAUUUCACUAGGUUGUACGUCUGGGAGAUUCUUCACUCCACCAUCCGAAAGAUGAACAAACAUGUGCAAAAGGUCCAAAAGGAGCUUGAAGAGACUAAAGACAAACUAGAUAAGCAGCACAAAAGACGAGACAGUGAUGAUGACUAUGAUCAGAACAGUGAUGAAGAUGAAGAUGGUCCUUUGGAAGAACAGAUUGAACGUCUUCAGGAGAAGGUUGAAUCUGCUCAAAGUGAACAGAAAAACCUCUUCUUAGUAAUUUUCCAGCGUUUUAUAAUGAUCUUGACAGAACAUCUUGCACGGUGUGAAACUGGUGGGAUUGAUUUUAACACCCCUUGGUAUAAGAAUUGCAUUGAACGGUUGCAGCAAAUCUUCCUUCAGCAUCACCAGAUCAUUCAACAGUACAUGGUGACUCUGGAGAACCUGCUCUUCACAGCUGAGCUGGACCACCACAUACUGGCUGUCUAUCAGCAAUUCUGCGCACUUCAGUAAUAAUGAUUGUGCUGCAGCCGUGUUUUCAGAUUCCCACCAUUUUUUGGGACUUCUUUAAUCUUACAUCAGUGAAUACAGACUUGAACAAGCUACGGACUCAAACAAGCAACACUCUUGUAUUGAUAAUACCUUUCUGAAGCUUUUUUUGCUCAGUUAUCUGUGAAAACCAUGGAGCAUGAAGAAAGUUGCCAUUCAUAUUAGAAAGGAUUCCUCUCCUUAAAAUAACAAAUAGAUUUUAAUAGUUAGAGACUUUAGUGGCUCAAGAGAUGAACAUACAUAAUUUGAUUUAAGUUUUUUGGUAUUGACCUAAGUUUUAAAUUUGCUUUGUACUCGGUCUGGUUUGGUUGUUGGAUACAGUGUAAUGCUGCAUCUUACUAAUACCUACUCUUAUCCUCAUGAUCUACCUUACAGUUUGUACAUUUAAGUUGCAUGUUGUAACUUGUCUGAAAUUGUGUUCCUUGAUAGUAGACCAAAGUUUUGAAUUUA